AUGACCAAGACAAUCGAGUGCAAGAGCGGGGAACAAGAAGCUUUCAUUGCUGUUCCAGUUUCUCUCAGUCAAGAGCCUGAUGUGGAAGAAAGUGAGAAGGAUUUCAGCUGGGCAUCUUGCGGCGAAAGCUGUCUCUUGGCAAUUCUCCCAUGCUUGUUGUUCAUCCAAUUCGGUGUUGCUUACUUGACAGAGAGCCCACCUCAAAUUCACUGGAUGAUCGUGAACUUUGGAAUUGCUUGCUUCAUUGGAACAGCUCUCAUUUUCCGAAGAGCUUUUAACGAGCCCGAAUCCCUCGUGGCAUUGAUUCCAGAAGUCCUCAUCGAUGUCAUCCUUGGUCUCAUUCUGUUUGAAAAGACAGAAAUCGCAGCCAUCGUCAUGUUCGGAAGCAUUUUGAGCAUGGGUGUUGUGGCUGUUGCCAAGCUUGCCAUGACAACAACUGAAGAGGAGGAGGUUGAAGUUGUACGCCGUGGUGACUGGAACGCAUAA